AUGGCGGAAAGCUGGUCUUUCUUGGAUACUUUUGAGCCUAACUUCAGGCCUCUGGUAGUAAUUGAGCUUGCAAAGGGCACCAAAGAGGAAACCAUAGAAUGGUUCACUAAACGAAUUGUGGACAAAAAAGCAAACGGAGGUGCACAACUGCUGGUUAAACCAUUGGUCAUGGAAAACGGAGGUGAAAAUAUUUAUCUAGUUGGAGCUUCCCACUUAAGGCUGUUGCUGGGAGCUGAAACUGUGGGUUUGGUGAAGGAAUGUAAUGAUAACUCAAUGAGAACUUUUACAUACAGCAGUAGAAAAACUUUCAAAGAUUUUGCAGAUGACAAUCACAGUUUCCUUACAAUGGCAGAAUGUCAGUAUAUCAUCAAACAUGAACUCGAAAAUUUGAGAGCUAAAGAUGAAAAAAUGAUCCCUGGAUAUCCUCAGGCAAAGCUGUAUCCAGGAAAAUCGAUUGUGAGAAGAUUAUUGACCAGUGGUAUUCUAGUUCAGAUUUUCCCACUGCAUGAUAGAGAAGAGUUGAAAAAGCUCCGUCACAGCUGGUACGGCCGAGUGAAAGUUGGCUAUCAACCUUUAGAUGAGAUACGCUGCUACUUUGGAGAAACCAUUGCUCUUUACUUUGGCUUCUUAGAGUACUUCACAUUUGCGUUGAUUCCAAUGGCUGUCAUUGGGAUUCCUUAUUAUGUGUUUGCAUGGGAAGACUAUGACAAAUAUGUGAUGUUUGCCACAUUCAAUCUGCUCUGGUCCACUGUGAUACUGGAAGUUUGGAAGCGGAUUUGUGCUAUCAUGACAUACCGUUGGGGGACACUCUUGAUGAAACGACAGUUUGAAGAACCACGACCAGGCUUCCAUGGUGUCCUGGGUAUCAAUCCCAUCACUGGGAGGGAGGAACCGGUGUACUCAAGUAUUAAGAGACAGAUGCGGAUUUAUCUGGUGUCUUUACCAUUUGUGUGCCUUUGCCUCUACUUCUCGCUGCAUGUGAUGAUGAUUUACUUUGACUUGGAACAGUGGGCUCUGGAUUAUCAUGAAGAGAAUGAGUCUAACUUCAGCAGCUUGAUGCUGUUUGUGCCCAGUAUCAUAUAUGCUGUUGUGAUUGAAAUUAUGAACCGUAUCUAUCGGUAUGCUGCUGAAUUCUUAACAUCAUGGGAAAAUCAUAGGCUGGAAUCUUCAUAUCAGAAUCAUUUAAUUCUGAAGGUUUUAGUGUUCAACUUCUUAAAUUGUUUUGCAUCUCUCUUCUACAUUGCCUUUGUGCUCUUUGAUAUGAAGCUUUUGAGGCAGAGCUUGGCCACUUUGCUGAUAACUUCACAGAUCCUUAACCAGUUUGCAGAAUCCUUGCUUCCUUACUGGCUCCAAAAGAGACAUAAGAGGAGGAUGAAGAAACGCAUGAGUUCCCUGAAGACAGAUACAGACCUGUCAUUAGUCGAACAAGUCAACCUGGAGAAAGAAAUGGGCACCUAUUUUGGUACUUUUGAUGAUUACCUGGAGUUAUUCUUACAGUUUGGCUAUGUGAGUCUUUUCUCAUGCGUUUAUCCACUGGCAGCUGUCUUUGCAGUGUUAAACAACAUCACUGAGAUAUAUUCUGAUGCCUUAAAAAUGUGUAGAGUUUACAAGCGUCCAUUUGCAGAACCCACAGCAAAUAUUGGUGUUUGGCAGCUGGCUUUUGAAACUAUGAGUGUAAUAUCAGUUGUUACUAAUUGCAUACUGAUUGGAAUGUCUCCACAAGUGAAUGCCCUUUUCCCAGACUCGAAAACGGACCUUAUUCUGACUGUGGCAUUAGUAGAG